UACUUACCCAUGAACGGAAACUAAAUCUCGUUUGUUAUUCUUUCUGUUUCCUGAAAGAGAAACUUCUCGGGAUUGGAACCUCAGCAAACAUGGACCCUGCAGAAGAGCUGGCGGUUUGUAACCACUGCAAUAAAGAGGUCGUGAAGAUGAACCUUCCCAUGCAUGAAGCUCACUGCCAGCGUUUUCUGUGUAUCUGCCCUGACUGUGAUGAACAGGUGCCUAAAGAUCAUCUCGAAGAACAUCAGCAGGAACAGCACGCUCCAGUCAAAUGUAAGAAGUGCAAUAUGAAGAUGGAAAAACGGAAUCUGCCAGAUCAUGAAGAAAACGAAUGCCCAGAGAGGGAUCAAAGUUGUGAGUAUUGUGAGCUGACUCUUCCUUUGAGCAGUCUGAAGGAGCACAUCGUGGCCUGUGGGAGUCGGACAGAACGCUGUGAGGACUGUAACCAGUACGUCAUCCUGAAAGACAAGCUCCAGCACGCUCAGAUCUGCACCUCUGAAGACUUCAGCUUUAAAACUAAAUCUAUUAAUGGGGAUGUAAAGCCUGUGCCAGUGAACACUCUACAGGACAAUGAGCUUGCUGACCUUGUGGCAUACGAUUCGAGAGAUAAGCGUGUUCUCUGGGACGUCGACGCCGAGCCUGACGACACGACUCUGUCACUGUCGGAUCUGCAGAAGAAGAAGAAGUGGACUGAGAAAAUGGGUUGGAAAGACGAGGAUCAGAUCAGCACCUGUCCAUACUGUCACCUCGCUCUGCCACUAAACAUACUGCAGUGGCACGAGAACAAAUGCAGGAUUUGUGAAGGUCUGAAACGGAUGAGCAAGGCAGCGGAUGCAAGUGUGAAGAAGUGAGAAAUAAAUCUCUUGACUGACAGAAACAGUUGGAGAUGUCAGAACUGAUUUACUCUUUGCAGAUAUCUGGAUAAAUAAAAUAAAAAGUAAAACUUUUGGGAAGCUUUAUUAUUGUAUUUGAAAAAGAUUUUUUUUAAUUAGCUUUAUCAACUGGUACAUGUUUUAUUAAAUAAAAAGAAUGAAGAUGUGUAAAACUGAUGAAUGCAAAGUUAUAAGUUAUACAUGAAUUAAUGCAAAGACUAUGUAUGCGUAACUGUAAGACAGGUAGAUAGAUAGAUAGAUAGAUAGAUAGAUAGAUAGAUAGAUAGAUAGAUAGAUAGAUAGAUAGAUAGAUAGAUAGAUAGAUAGAUUAAAAAGUAAAUAAUGUUUCAGUUAAGAUCUGUAGAGUUCGCACUGAUACUUAUUAAAAAUAAAUGACAGCAGUUUUUGAAAAAUGAA